CUUCUGGUUCCCUUCAACUUUACUUUCCCCUUCUCUCUCUCUCCAACAGAAAUUGCUGCCCCCCCCUCUCUCUCUCUCUCUGGAACGAAAUCAUCAUCACCAUCACGCCUGUACUCCUUGAAUCGGAGAAGAUCAAGGAUGUUGAGUUCGAGAGAUUUCGGGAAUGGAAACAGCAGAUCGCGAUGAGAAGGUUGCACGAUUCUUCCCCUGGACUUGGAUUUCAACGCAGAAUUCGAAUUGCGUACCAACUGCAUCUUUGUAGAGCUUCGCCAUCCGAGAACGCUGUGCCUGUCGCUGUCGCUGUUUGUAACAGGUUUCAACAUAGUAAUCCACUACUUGCUUGUGGUUCUAGCAUCUCUUCUCCAAGUACCACCCCCUUGCAUUUUUUUUACUGUACUUGCAAUUGGUUUUGCACUCACAUUGUUGAAACUGCUGCCCUCUGAAAUCUCAGCUUCUGGUAUGUCUUCUCCUCACAUUGUUGGAUGACUGGUUUAGCUUGGAAUAAAAAAAGAAAUAUCAGCAUCUUGGUUGAAGUAGCAUAGAACAUCAUCAUACUCAUGAAAUCAACUUCAGCCAUGAGCAUGUCAUCCAAACAAGUGGAAUAGGUAAGCUUUUUCUUAACACGGUCACAAAAUAAAACCUUCAUGUUUAUCUUCAUGUUUAGUAUGUGGUGACAUGUUUAUCUUCAUGUUCAUAGCCAUGAUGAGUCACUGGUCCUUGUAAUUCAUGCAGGAGUGGCCAUGGAACUAAAGGAUUCAUUAUAUCCCUUUUUGAGGGAGGUCAGUAUUAGCAUAGACCCUUAUGAUGUAUUUGAAGAUGUUUACUGGGCACUUUUGAUUGGAGCAAAACCUUGUGGGCCUGGAAUGGAACGAGCCAACUUAUUAGACUUAAAUGGGAAGAUUUUUGCAGAUCAGGGAAAAACUCGUAAUACAGUUUCAUCGCGUAAUGUCAUACCUGCUAAGAACUCCCAUGCUUUGACUAGAUUAGAUGAGAACAGAGCUAAAUGCCAAGUCUCAUGGAACUUUUCUAAAUUGGCUUGAAUAACUCGUAUAUAUUUGGAGUAGUGCAGGGCUCGGGACACCCCUGUAUUAGCCGCUGAUUGUAUCUGAACUUGAUUGUAUGUGCUGAUUGUAUCUGAAUAGUUAGAUAUUUUUGUAGUGAUGCUUUCAUGCGGUACUAUAUUUAUCUAUAGAACUGGUUUGAAUUUUGCAGUUCCAUUGGAAUAUGUGGUGGUAUCCUUUGGUUUGGCUAAAAUGUUUGAUGAAAAAUUAGUUCUUCGUUGUCCAAUGCAAGUCUUGCUGCUGUUGUAGGUUUUAUGAAACCGUUUAUCUGUAAUUACUUAUUGAGAUUAGGGAAAGUCUCUGGUUCUAAUUUUGCAGUACCAACACAGUCUUGCUGUUGUAGCCUUUAGGUUUUGUGAAACUGUUUGUUUGCAAAUACUGAUUGUAAUAAUG